UAGGAAUGCAGUGGUUGCAGGCUUGCUGCCUUCUAUGCUUUCAGUUUUGCAUUUUGUUUAUGCCUAUUAUUCAAUAUUCUACCUAGGCAUGUAAUGUGAUAGGGGAGGGGUAGUGGCAGAAGAAAGAUCGGUCUUUAGGUCUGAUGUGUGGGUGUAUAUGUUGAGCAACAGUGGACUUGCUUCUUGUGACUUAGAAUAUCUGCAAGGAGACAAAUCAGAUGGACCGGAAUCUUGAUUAAAGGGAUGUUCAUCCAUCAUUCAUUUCGUGCUGGAUUCCAUUGCCUUCAGGAAGGCUCCUAAUAUGCUUUACUGUGACAUUUUUUCCUUUCAGCCAAUGGAAAUUUAUGUUGAUGACGAGGCGAAAUUGACCCUUCAUGGUCUUGUACAGCACUAUAUCAAAUUGAGUGAGCUGGAGAAAAACCGCAAGCUGAAUGACCUUCUUGAUGCACUGGACUUCAAUCAUGUUGUUAUAUUCGUCAAAAGUGUGAGCAGAGCUGCUGAGCUGAACAAAUUGCUGGUGGAGUGUAAUUUUCCAUCAAUCUGCAUCCAUUCUGGUAUGUCCCAGGAAGAAAGGUUGACACGCUACAAGGGUUUCAAGGAGGGGCACAAGAGGAUACUCGUGGCAACAGAUCUGGUUGGUAGGGGAAUCGACAUUGAACGUGUUAACAUUGUCAUUAACUAUGACAUGCCAGAUUCAGCAGAUACUUAUCUGCACAGGGUGGGUAGAGCUGGUAGAUUUGGUACGAAAGGGCUUGCAAUCAUAUUUGUUUCGUCUGCAUCAGAUUCUGAUGUUCUCAAUCAGGUUCAGGAGAGGUUUGAGGUGGAUAUAAAGGAGCUUCCCGAGCAGAUUGAUAUGUCUACAUAUAGCUCUACUCAACUUGUUUUUGAUAAUUUGCAUUGCUUCAUUUGGAGUAGACAGCUUCCCAACGAGUACAUUUGACGUUAUGCAAUAUGGUGCCGCUGGAGAUGGACAUAGGGAUGACACCAAAGCAUUUGUAAAAGCAUGGAAAGCUACUUGUGGAGCUAGUGGAGGCACCCCAACCCUAAACGUACCCUGCGGCAAGACAUUCUUACUAAACCCUCUGGCUUUUGAGGGUCCUUGCAAAUCUCCAAAUGUCCAAAUACAGGAACUCUUAUCG